GGGUGAGUGGCGGCUGAGUGGCGGCUGGAGGCUGGAGUUUCCGGACCCUGAUGCGUCAGGAAUUGAAGCGCUGUCCCACCCGGACCAUGGACCCUGAGGUCUCCCUGCUGCUGCAGUGCCCCUGGGGUGGACUGCCCGAGGAGCAGGUACGGGCUGAACUGAGCCCGGCCCAUGACCGUCGCCCACUGCCAGGAGGGGACGAGGCUAUCGCUGCCAGCUGGGAGAGCCGGCUACAGGCCCAGCCCUGGCUCUUUGAUGCCCCCAAGUUCCGCCUGCACUCUGUCAUCCUGGCUCCCACUGGCUCACAGGGGCCACAGCUGCUCCUGCGCCUAGGUCUUACUUCCUACCGAGACUUCCUGGGCACUAACUGGACCAGCUCAGCUGCCAGGCUGCAACAGCAGGGGGCUACCGACUGGGGUGACAAGCAAGCCUACUUGGCGGACCCGCUGGGGGUGGGCGCAGCACUGGCCACCGCCGACAACUUCCUUGUCUUCCUGCGCCGCUCUGGGCAAGUGGCAGAGGCACCUGGGCUGGUGGAUGUGCCUGGAGGGCACCCUGAACCUCAGGCCCUGUGCCCUGGUGACCACCCCCUGCACAAGGACCUCCCUGGGGAGCUGGUGGUGCAUGAGCUCUUCUCCAGUGUCCUUCAGGAGAUCUGUGAUGAGGUGAACCUGCCGCUGCCCACCCUGAGCCAGCCGCGGCUAUUGGGCAUUGCCCGCAACGAGACCAGUGCUGGCCGUGCCAGUGCCGAGUUCUACGUCCAGUGCAGCUUGACUUCUGAGCAGGUGAGGAAGCACUACAUGAGUGGGGGACCCGAAGCCCACGAGUCCUCAGGAAUCAUCUUUGUGGAGACACAGAGAGUGUGCAGGCUACAGGAGACCAAACUGUGGGCUGAGCUCUGCCCCUCUGCCAAAGGCGCCAUAUUCCUCUACAACGUGGUGCAAGGGAGUCCCAUCUGAGUCGCCCUGGAGUCCCCAGCCCUAUUACCAUAGCUCGCAAGACAAUAAAGGACUUUAUUCUUGGA